AUUAGUCUAUAUGUAUGGGAGAGCAUCCCCCUUAUACCCGCACAAAAGCAGUACGGGAGUGCCUCCCCCUUAUACCCGCACAAAACCGCGCGCUAACGUAAAACGGAUGUACUACUCUCUUUCUAGACUAACAAAAGAGAGAGAAAAAGAGAAAAAGAAAAAGAGAAAAAGAGAGAGAACGAGAGCACCUCUACCUCUCUCCCACUGCCUCCCCUCUCUCUCUCCCCUCCUGUCAACGUCCUUCCCUUCCACACUGCAAGCACGAUGCAAUCCUCCUCCCUCCUCCUCUCUUCUCCCAUUACUUCAACAACAUAUGUAAUUCGAGAAUGCUUCUUGCGGACAGUAAAGACGCAGAGAAAAGACAGAGAGAGAGAGAGAGAGAGAGAGAGAGAGAAUCUCCUAGAGCUGGCAAGACAAAUAGGCAACGACGGCGAGGAGAGAGAGGAGAGAGGGUUAGCGAUGGGGAAAGGAAGGAAAGAGAUUGGCUUCUUUUAGUGAGAAGCUGUAGCGUUCAGAGAGAUGGAUCUUGGUCACGUUGUUUGGCGGAGGACGAGCGGGAGGAGGAGCGGGAGGAGCGGGAGGAGGGAUGUGAAAAGGAGCGGGAAAAGGAGGAGUGGGAGGAGGAGCGGCAGCAGGUGCGGGAGGGGAAAUGCGAAGGGGCGGAGGAGCCGCGGGAGGAGGAGCGGCAGGGGAAACGGGAAGGGGCGGAGGAGGCGUGGGAGGGGCGGUAGAAGGAGCGGGAGCGAAAACGAGGAGGGGGUUAACGAACGCGUGGGAGACGGAGGAGGGGGAGGAGAUAUAGGUCGAGGAGGAGAAGCGGGAGGAGCACGAGGACGAGCGGGAGAAGGAGCGGCAGGAGUAACGGGGGAAAGAGCAGGGGAAGCAGCGGUAGAAGGAGAAGCAGCAGGGGGGAGAGCUGGAGAAGGAGGAGGAGGAGGAGAGGGAGGAGCAGCAGGAGAACGAGCACGAGCAGGGCUAUGGCGGGAUCUUUGUCACGUUGUUUGGCGGAGGAGGAGCGGGAGGGGGAGGAGGAGGAGGAGGAGUGGGAGGAGCGGGGCUAUGGCGCAGGAAGAUGAGCGGGAGGAGGGGGAGGAGGAACGGGGGAAAAAGCAGGAGAAGCAGCGGAAGGAGGCCGAGCAGCAGGAGGAGCGGGAGGAGCAGCAACAGAGGGAGCGAGAGCAGGAGAGGGAGGAGCGGGAGAAGGAGCGGGAGCGGGGCUACGGCGGGAACUUUGUCAUGUUGUUUGGAGGAGGAGGAGCGGGAGGAGGAGCGGGAGGAGGGGUGGGAGGAGGGGGAGAAGGAGGGGGAGGGGAUUGGGGAUGGGGUUGCAUCUCACAGCCCCGUGCUUCAUACUCUCCUUCUUAUUUUGCACAUUCGAAGGCUGCUCAGUUCAUGCACACAUGAAACUGUUGAAGCGGCCCUGCCUGCGGGCGGGCGCCCGUGUGUGUGUGUGUGUGUGUGUGCGUGCCACACAAACAGACGAAGAGAGAAAGAGAGAGAGAGAGAGAGAGAGAGAGAGACAGAGAGUUUCCAGCCAUGCACGCGGACAAAUAGAGAGAGGCUACUUCCAUCGAUAGAAUAAGAGAGAGAGAGAGAGAGAGAGAGAGAAUCUCUCUCUCUCUCUCACACACACACACACACACACACACACACAACCUCCUGAUCACUCGGAAACAGUCUGCCACAGUCAUGUUUGUUUUGAGUGUAUAGCGAAUAUGACGACAAGAAAAAAAAAAAUUGAUAAAAAAAACCGGCAGUG